AUGGACCUCCACUGGCCCGCCUUCAAGAUGGACAGUUCCUCCUACCUGCCCGGUCCCCUGGCGUCCCCAGCCCUGAUGGUGCUGGCCUCCACAGCCAAGACAGGCCGUGAUGCCUCCGUCCCCUGCCAGGCCUCCGUCCCCUGCCAGACCCCGAGGUCCUUCAGAGUCCCAAUCUCUGAGAAGGACCUCCCCUUCCCCUCCGGCUCCUACACAUUUGCCUCCAUGUACAACCGUCAGGGGCCUAUCUCCGGCCAUGGCUCCUUCCCUGCCAGAGACUUCCCUGCCUCCCUGCUCCACCUUCAUCCCCAGUUCCAGUUUCACCCCAACAACCUGGACUGCCCUUCCCUGGGGAUGCUCAACCACAUUGGGGUAGGGGCCUUCCGACCCUUCUCCUCCCCUCCUGAAGAGAGGGAGGCCAGGGGUUAUCAGUCAGCCUUCACCCCUGCUAAGAGGCUCAAGGGCUGCUACACAGAUUCUGAGGGGAAGGAGUAUGAUUUUGGAGGAGGGUGUUUCCUCUCUGGCUCACCGGGAUCACUCAAGGCCGCUGAGGAUUCUGGGAGGAAGUUGUUUACGGUGUCUGGGCUGCUGUCGGACAGAGAGGCCUCGUCUAGUCCUGAGGACCGCAAAGAACACUGUAAGAGUAAGAGUAAUGUCCUGUUGGACUCUCUGCCCCCAGUGUGUCCAGUGUGCCAUGCUGUGUUACCACCAGGUGAGCUACAGGAGCACAUGGAGCAGGAGAUGGGCAGACUGGCACAGUUACAAAUCAGGCUCAGUGUGUCCAUGUGGAGAGGGCCUGCUUUUACAGGUUACCGUACCUCAGGUUACCGUACCUCACGUUACCGUACCUCAGGUUACCGUACCUCAGGUAACCGUACCUCAGGUAACCGUACCUCAGGUUACCGUACAACAGGAUACUGUACCUCAGGUUACUGUACCUCAGGUUACCGUACAACAGGUUACCGUACCUCAGGUAACCGUACCUCAGGUAACCGUACCUCAGGUAACCGUACCUCAGGUUACCGUACCUCAGGUUACCGUACAACAGGAUACUGUACCUCAGGUUACUGUACCUCAGGUUACCGUACAACAGGUUACCGUACCUCAGGUUACCGUACCUCAGGUUACAGUACCUCAGGUUACCGUACCUCAGGUUACCGUACAACAGGAUACCGUACCUCAGGUUACUGUACCUCAGGUUACCGUACAACAGGAUACCGUACCUCAGGUUACCGUACGACAGGUUACCGUACCUCAGGUUACCGUACCUCAGGUUACCGUACCUCAGGUUACAGUACCUCAGGUUACCGUACCUCAGGUUACCGUACAACAGGAUACCGUACCUCAGGUUACUGUACCUCAGGUUACCGUACAACAGGAUACCGUACCUCAGGUUACCGUACGACAGGUUACCGUACCUCAGGUUACCGUACCUCAGGUUACCAUACCUCAGGGUCGGUGUUUGUGAGCAGCAGGACGUCUAAGGAAGGCCGUGGUGACAGUGACGCUGACCUGGACGUGGAUGGAGAUGACACUCUGCAGUAUGGAAGAGUACAAUGUACGGAGGCAGACAUCCCCUGUUCAGGGCAGGAUCCUGGGGAGGUGGAGGGGAGGGAAGCACUGAGGGGGGCGUUUUUAAAUGUUGGUACACUGUCCAACAGAGUAACUCUGGAACAUUCCAAAUGGACAAAUGAGGGAAGUCCAUCCACUAGCAACGGAGAGAGCAACAAACAGGACAACAGCAUAGACUCCCUACACAGGACCUGUAAAAAUAGUGACAUUGAUAUGGUCUCUGAGGAUUCUGGGCUGACGACGUUGGAUUCACUAAGAAAUCGUAUACGGGACCUAGAGAAGCAGCUGUCCAGAGGAGACAGACACAACUGUCUAAUCUGUAGGGACACUUACACAACACCCCUCACCUCCAUCCAGUGCUGGCAUGCCCACUGUGAGGAGUGCUGGCUCCGCACUCUGGGGGCUAAGAAGCUGUGUCCACAGUGUAACACCAUCACUUCUCCUGGGGACCUGAGACGGGUAUUUUUGUGA